ACAACCAAGAAACCAUCAAUAAAAAAAAAAAAUAGUCACACUUUCCAUCCCCUGAAAUUUAUAAAAUCAUCCAAUCCAAUCCAAAUGAUGAUUAACAUCAAGUUGUGAACUAAUCAAGAAGUUGCUUCCAACCCCAAAAUUUCCCGUCAUGAUGGAAAACAGUGUGAAAAAGUUGGAGAGUGAAGUAGUGAUGAAAAGGGAAAGGAAUAGAGGGAUAUGGGAGUUUGAACACGGAAUGCCGGCGGAUGGCGGUGGGCAAGAUUUGAUAUUGGGAUUGGAUGGUGGGACUACUUCUACUGUUUGUAUAUCUAUGCCGGUUUUUUCGUUUGAUGAUGAUCGGCUUCCGCCUGACCCUCCUCCGGUUUUGGCUCGUGCUGUUGCGGGUUGUUCGAAUCAUAAUAGUGUUGGAGAAACUGCUGCAAGGGAGACACUUGAACGUGUUAUGGCAGAUGCUCUUUCAAAGUCAGGCUCUACUAGGUCUGCUGUUCGAGCAGUUUGUUUAGCAGUAUCAGGGGUUAACCAUCCCUCAGACCAGCAAAGAAUUCUAAGUUGGCUUAGAGCGAUAUUCCCAAAUGAUGUUAAAUGCUUUGUCCACAAUGAUGCUGUGGCUGCUAUGGCUAGUGGAACCAUGGGAAAGCUUCAUGGUUGUGUCCUAAUUGCUGGCACGGGAACUAUUGCUUAUGGGUAUACUGAAGAUGGAAGAGAAGCUAGAGCUUCUGGGGCAGGACCCAUUUUAGGUGAUUGGGGAAGUGGAUAUGGUAUAGCUGCAAUGGCAUUGACGUCAGUAGUGAGGGCUUAUGAUGGUCGUGGUCCACCUACUAUGCUUACAUCCAGAAUCCUACAUCAACUUGAGCUUUCUUCUCCAGAUGAGUUAAUAGGGUGGACAUAUGCUGAUCCAUCUUGGGCUCGCAUUGCAGCUUUGGUUCCUAUUGUUGUAUCUUGUGCCGAAGCCGGUGAUGAAGUGGCAAAUGGGAUAUUACUUGAUGCAGUUCAGGAGUUGGCCUUAAGCGUCAAAGCUGUUGUUUGCAGGCUCAGAUUAUGUGGUGAAGAUGGAAAAGAUGCUUGUCCUCUUGUUAUGGUCGGCGGUGUUCUUGAAGCCAAUAGGAAAUGGGAUAUAGGAAAAGAAGUCAUUAGUUGCAUUUCCAAGGAGUUCCCUAAGAUGGUUCCAGUCCGGCCUAAAGUUGAGCCAGCGGUUGGAGCAGCUUUGCUUGCGUGGAACUUUCUAAAGAAACAAUCCUAACAGGAAGCAUUGGGAAGUUGACAAUCUUUAGGUACGAGUCCUCCUUGGCAUGUUCACAUGUGCUUAGAGGCUUAAAAUAAAGAAAAAAUUAGUUAACCAUUAUUUAUGUUCAAGAUUUUCAGACUGUAUAGUUGCAAAGGAGGACAAAAAAACACAAACCAAACAACAUGAUUUGGCAUUGCAUAAUAGUUAUGCUGUAUUGAUCAA